AUGGAGCUGCCCCGGGACACGGCCAAGGUUUCCAACGCGGCUGAUAACCACAGCAGGCGGGUCCACACCCUGUACACAGCCCCCGUACUGCAGCGGGGGCCCCACACCAACCUGGAAGCCAUGCACUCCAGAGCGUCGUUGUUUUCCUCGGGCCGGAACUUCCAGGAGAGAGACCAUGGCAAGACCACGUACCUGCCCAAGGACCAGGCCAAGGAGGGCGCGGGACACCGGCUCCUGAACAUGCUGAGAAAAACGCUUAAAGGGUCUGAAAGUAAAGAACUGGAAGUAACACCUGAGGCACCCACUUUGGUGCCGUUUGGGGAUGUGGUUGGCUGCCUGGCUAUUCAUGUAAAGAACUGCAGACAUUUUACGCCUAAGAUUGGUUUACAACAUUACAAUAAUUUCUUCAUUCGCAUCUCUAUAAACAAUGUUGUGAAAUCUACAAAACUUUGUAGCUUGCUACCCCAAAACAAUGAAAAGAACACUAUAAUUAAGUUUAACGAAGUGAAGUAUUUUUCCGUACAGGUUCCCAGACGUCAAGACGAUGAGCGGAAUAAUAUUUACUUGGAACUAAUGCAAUAUGACAAUACAGAAAAAUAUCCUCUCUUGUUGGGGAGUGUUCAGGUCCACCUUUAUGAAGUAAUUCAGAAAGGAUGCUUUAUUGAAGAAUUUCAAAUGUUGAAUAAAAACACACUUAUCUGCAGGAUGGAGGUGGAAUUUAUGUUCUCCUAUGGGAACUUUGGUUAUGGAUUUUCACAUCAGUUAAAACCUCUUCAGAAAAUUAUUGAGCCAUCCAUGUUUAUGAAUAUUGCACCACCUCCAGAAAGAACAGACCCUAUAACAAAUGUUAUUAUACCACAGCCAAUAGAAUAUCCAGCAUUCUUAUCCCCAGACCUGAAUGUUACUGUUGGGAAGCCAGCUGCAGUGCCUCAAUCCAACCAGCCAUCUGUAGUGCGACUUGAAAAACUUCAACAACAACCUCGGGAAAGGCUGGAAAAAAUGAAAAAAGAAUAUAGAAAUCUGAGUACAUGGAUAGAAAAAGCCAGCUACUUAGAAAGAGUUCUUACCCCAAAAUUGGAAAGGAAAAAAUCCAAGGGAAGUAAUACCAGUGAGGUACUUGAAAGCCAACUUGAAGAGAAGCCUGAAGAUGCUGUAACAUCAGAUGUCCCUCUUGUAAAGGCGGAAGCUGAAACUAUUCCAAGUGAGUUACUGGAUAAUGAUGAUGAGAAAGGCCUGAUGCUACCAACUUUGAACCAACCAGAUCAAGAUAAUUCAAAUGCCGUUGCUCCUGAAAGUGAUGAAUCAACAAAGCAAACAGAUGCUCCAUUGCUCAUAAUUCCUAACCUGACAAUAACAGAAGAUGGCAAAACAUCACCUUUAGAGGAACACCAGUCGGAAGCUGUGCCAGAUGGAACAAUGAAAAAUGGAUUCUUUCCACCGGAAGUAAAAUUGAAAGAUAGAUAUCCAAGUCUUUUAAGAACAGACUCAUCUCCAUCAGAGAGUUCACCUUUUUCCUUUAGCACAAUCAAUGAAAAUGUAAAUCUCCCUAAUAAUGUAGAUGGGUUCAUGCAAGAUAAGGACUAUGGACAGAGAAAUACAAAUAAAAAAGGAAAAUCAGUGGUUUUUUCACCAAAAGAAUACAUUUCACCAUCUUUCAGACCAGAAUAUCAAGAAUUCAAACCAAAAUAUUGGAAAUUCAACAUCAAGGACGGUUUUGAUCCUUUUCUAAGGAAUAUAAACAACAAAUUGUCAGUCAGAAAAAAGAAAGACCGAGAUAUGUCCAAAUGUAGAAACAUUUUAAGUGCAGAGGUUAUAGAGCAUGAAGACCAAGAUCCUCCUUACCCGAAACAGUCAAAACCUGCACGACCUCCUAAUAAAUCCUGGCCCCGUGAUCUCGAUAUCACAAUGAAGACUUUAGACACUAAGAAUAUGUUGGCCCAUGACCCUGCUAUCACCACAGUCAAGACUUUAGACACUAAGGAUAAGUUAGUCUGUGAUCCUGACAACAUCACAAUAAAGACUUUAGAUACUAAGAAUAAGUUAGCUCAUGAUCCUGGUAUCACCACAAUAAAGACUUUAGAUACUAAGAAUAAGUUAAAGAAAAGACUACCAAGUGUAUCUUUACCAAACUUUGAAGGAGAAUCAUCAGUGACUGGAAAUAUAAAUGUAAAUACACGUUUCCUCUCAAAAUCAUUAAGUUUUACUUCUCACGUAGAAAAUUUGAAACAAUCAAUGGUACUCAAGUCAAUUUUAAGUAAAAAUCUGCAAGACCUUUCAGAUAAAUUAUUUUCUAGACCAGAAUUUCCUAUGGACACUGAAACAGGAAAGAAAAAUCAUAGUUCUUCACUUCUAAGUGUUCAUGAUGAACCACCAAGUAGUUUGGAAGACAGAGUACUUGAAAAAAUUCAAGAUUUAAAUAGCUGGCUUUCAGAAGGAAACGUUUUAAAUUCAAAGUCUCUUUUAAGUCAAAUAAUUAAAGAUAUUCCUGCAGAAUCACUUUCAGAAGGUGGACCAGGAAAUUCUUCAGAGGUAGAAAAGGAACUUGUCUCUGAAAAACAUUUAGAGGCUGGUGAGAAAGAUUUUCCAAUUAAAAAAAAGAGUAGUUUCAAAAAGAAACAUUUAAAAAGUGAAGUGUCCAGCUCCAAACCAGAUUUAAAUGCCACUGCACAUGAUUAUAUUAUAAAGCAAAUAUUCACUGCACCGUUCUUCUCCAAGUUGGAGAUCGGAGUGAAAGAAUCUAGUGAAACACAGAUGAACUUGCAGAAUCAAUUACCCACAGCUUGGGAGAGUUUAUCUUCAAAUAUUCUAGUUCACUGUGAAGAAGAUGAUGAUGAAAUGGAAUUGCCACAGGCUGAAUCUGUUAUAAGCCAGAUAAUACAAGCAUUUCCUGUAGAUACUCUUUUAGAAUCUGGGAUAAUCAAAGUGGUAGAAUUGGGUAAAGAAUACCAGAAGAGCUCUUUGCUAGAUACAGAGACAGUCUUUGCUGAAGAAAACCCAAAGGAUUCCACAGAGGACUAUUCAGAAAUCAAAAGCAAAACAGAAUCUCUUUCAGAGCAGAAUAUACCCACCAUUCCCAAAGAAAUUACUUCAUUUUUUAAUACAGUUGAAUUUAUAGAUGAAGGCCAAAAUAUAUCCCCACAACAUUCAAUAUAUCAGUCAACACCAGAUAAAAAAACAGAUUUGCCAAGUAAUGGUCAGAGGCUUGAUAGAGAAGAAAAUGAUCUAAGUUCUACUUUAGAAAAUUUAAGUAACUCGUUAACGAGUAAACUUAAUGAGUCAGAUGUAAUAAUGUUAAAAUCCUUUUUAAAAAACAUAUUUAAUGUUUUUUUCAAAUGUAGUCAGUCUGAAAGAAGACAACCAGAAAAAGAAUUAGAAAGACUAAUUCAACAUCCUUUUCCAAAUAAUGCAGAAGACCUUGAAGAAAUGAAAGAGAAUUUUGAUAAAGCAGACGAAUUAGACAGAAAACCUAUUUUGAGUCCAAAGCUGCGUGUAUUUCUAGAAGAACUCUCAGAGUCAGAAAUAAAAAAUUUAAAAUCUGAAUUAAGUAAACAUAUCCAGCAUUACCUUGUAGAAAGACUUUCAGAAUCAGGACAUAUCACCAAAGAGGACUUACCAAAAAUCCAUCAAAAUCUCUGUUUGAUGAAUGAGAAAGCAGAACCAGAAGGGCAAAAUCUUUUUCUGGAGAAAUAUUCAGAAACUGUAAAAGAAAUUGUGUCUUUUGUAAAUAAUUUUAAUCAUCAUUUCAUAGAUAAACAUUUGGAAAUAAAGCUAAGAUCUUUUUUAAAUGAAAUUCUCCAAAACUAUUUCCUAAAAAACCUUUCCGAAAGCAGUUUAUUUAAAGAGACAGACUCUGAGCCUAUACACUCAAACAUAUGUUCUCGAAGAGCUAAAAGUGCCUCAAUAUCUUUUCCUGAGUUAGGACAAGAUAUUUCAACGGGGAGUUUUGGUAGAAGGCUUGAAAUAAACAUGAAAUGUCCUUUAAAUCAGUCUCUACAGAACUAUCUUAUAGCUUUAUCAGAAACUGAACUAUUAAAUCUAAAAGCUGAUUUAAGCAAACACCUCCAGAGCCUUUUUAUACAAAAACUUUCAAAAUCAGGACUAAUCACAGAAAGGCAAUUAGAGGGGAUCAACCAGCAUAUAAAAUGGAUUAAUUCUGGUUCCACACCAUUAAAAUGUAUAAAGCCAGAUUUAUCUCUUAGAGAUGAAAAUCAAUUUAUGGAGGAUCAUUCAGAAAAGCAAAAUAAACGUUCAAAAAUUGUUCAAAAAACUUUACAAAAGGUUUCUGAGGAUAGACGUGUAGAAACACAAUUGACCAGAAAGGAAGAAAAGGAAUAUUUUUCCUUACAGAAUAUUAAAGAAAAUCCAUCAAUAAUUAGGGAACAGAAAAGAUGUGAUCCUAAAGAAGGAGCUAAAACACUGAGCUUAAUUAAAGUACAAGCUUCUCCCAACAAAAAUACCCAGGAGAUUCUGUUAAAUAAGUCAUCAGAAAGACUUUCAGACACAGUGCUUAAGAAACAAAGGAAAGAACAUGGCUUCAUGCAGCUUCCUCGAGCAGAAAAUUUUGAUUUUAAAACAGAGAUUCAAGACCCACAUAGUUGGAGUGGUAAAUCAAAAAUACCUCAAUCAAAUGCUUGCUUUGAAAGGACACUAAAAACGAGGUCCCCUGAAAAAAAGGAGCAUAGCAACAUGUCUAAAUUGGUGACACAGAAAAGAUCUGAAGCAGUACUGCCACCGUUUCCAAGAAUUCCUAAUUGCAAAAUGCCAAAUGAAGAUGAAGAAUACGUAAACAAACUCACUUUUCCUUCCAGGCAGAACAACGCUUUAACUCAUUUCAAUUCUGAGGCUGGGGAAAAAUCGAAAUUAGACCAGUAUUGUCAGAGAUUGAAAGGAAAUAAUAACAAUAAUAAAAAACAACAUCUAGUAACAUUUGCACAUUACAAAAAAGAAAUACAAACUCUUUAUAUAAAACCAAAUGAAAUUUGCAGUGAAAAAUGUGCCAAGGUCUCUGAAUCACAGUCAUUUAAAUAUAAAGUUGUAGAAGCUGAGAAAAACUCAAAACCACCCCUCUUCCCGGAAGUAUUAAAGAGAGCAGUUCUAAAGCCCAAGGUCCGGAAAGAAAGAGACCAUGUCAGCAAACCAAAGAAGUCAUUUGGCAAGAUAGUUAGGAUCCUGCCAGCCACGCUGCCCGCCCCAAGGCUUCUAAGGAAGUCUGAGCCCAGGACAUUGCUGCGCUGGACGGCAAGGAGAACUGUGCAUGAUUGUUUGGAUAGAUUUGAGGAUUCACCUGUGACCUCAUUUAAGCAUCUUGAAAACACCAAAUCGAGAGCAAGGCUCUUAGGGAAGAGCCCCGGCAACGCCCAGGUGCCAGAUCCAGUAAAACUUUCAGUGAGGCCCUACACAGCGCCCCAGGGUCUCCAACGCCGAGAGGGCCACGCUGGGAAGUUCACGAGUCCUCGGAUGGUUUCAGCAGGCUUAGUUCAUGUAAAUGAUACAAUCCCAGAUUAUGAAAUCCAUAAAAUGCAGCAAAAGAAAAAAUUAAAAGAGAAUAUUGAAAAACGUUCGCUCAUUUGUGAUAUUAUCCAAAUGUUAAACAGUUCAGAAUGAUGCGUGAGGCCAACAGUCAGAAUAUCAUCUCUCCAGUUAGCAGAGGGGUUUGGAGAUCUGUCCUUUUGUGUGACAGAAGUCAGCAACCAAAUUUCAUCUUGUUACAACCA